GUUCGAAUUUUAACCCGUCAAAUUUGUAACGAACUUCGGAGAGAGGUUUUAUAUCUGACGAACCAGGUAUUAAGGUUUCAGUUAUAAUGUCAAAGACUCAUAGUCCAACACAUUUUAACGGAGAAACAGACAUCUUUUAUGAUCCAAAUUUUCCUGCGGAUAUCAAUACGCAGAUGCGAGUUCCCAAAAGCAUUCGUGUAAACGGAGAUUACCCAGACGAAAACAUUACUAUCACAAAUAGAGCUAUGUGGAAUCAAAUACCUGCUAUGGAGAAACUUGAAAUGCAUGUUCCAGACAGGAUUCUUGUUGUCGGACAAGAGCAACAUGUUGGUACCAAGGCACCACCACCAGAGAUAGUUUUAGAAAAUGCUGUAAUGCGUACCGAGCCUGCUAUAGUCAGAGUACAGACACCUCCAAGAAUCUUGACUCUGGACAAUCACUAUUUCCCAGCAGUGGAUGAAGAUGACCCUCCUAUAAAUCACAAUGAAGUUGCAAAACCAGUGGAUGUACCUAAAGCUUAUAAUGCAGAAACACAGAUAACGAGACAUGUCAGAGAACAAACACCCUUUAAUGCUCUCGACGUAUCUCUGCCGCCCACCGAGGAAGUUCAGCAUUUACGUCGUCAAGUAGGUAAAUUAAACCGCAGAGUGAUGGCACUCGAAUUAGACAUGCUACAUCGCCAGCAAAGAGACAAGCUUCUAUAUAUCGCGACCGUAGCAUAUUUUAUUUUAAAAGCCUUCUCCUGGCUAACCAGAAAUUGAAGCAAUUAAAAAGGAGAAAGGAAUAAAAAAGAAAAAUGCCAGAGAUAUUUAUUUGUUUAAAACAAAAAGUAAUAAACCAGCAUCUUGAGCUAUUCUUGCUGUAAGAAAGUAUAACCAAAGACUUUUUAUCACAGUCUCGUAUGAUCAGUCAUUGGAGAUAAACGACGACGCAAACACGAUAUAGUGUAUGCGUAUGAGUGUUUCUACAUCAUACAAUUAGAAAGACAGAUGAAAAGUAUAAUGAUCAGAUUGUCUUAUCGUAUUAAAAGUAAAUCUUACUUAACUUUACAGAAUAUGUACUUUGUUAGAUUUGACAAUAUAUUAUUGUUAAUGUAUAUAAAAUAUUCGGGGAAUUAAUAA